AUGCCAGCAUGGGCCCUGGCACUGUGCGAAGUCCGGCCCAACAGCCGCUGGAGCCACAGGCAGCUGCCUGGUUGCAGGGCAGAGCUGGGGGGGCAGACCCCAGGGGGCACCUGCCCACCGGGUAUCCACCGCUACCGCAGAGACACAGCAAUCUCCCUUCCUGUGACAAACGACAUGAAGAAAGGGGACACUAAGGUGAUGAAGUGCAUUGUAGAGGUCAUCUCUGAUACCUUAUCAAAGCCAAACCCCCUGCCGAUCAGCGAGGAAUGCCUAGAAACACUCAGAGGAGAUGAACGGAUCAUUUCUAUCCUUCGCCACCAAAAUUUAUUGAAGGAACUUCAGGAAAUUGCUGCUCAAGAUGCGGCAGGCGAGCGCCCUGAAGGGGAGCAGCCCGUGGGGUCUCUGGCAGCACAGAAAACCCAGCAAAAUGAAGAUUCAAGAGAGGAGGGAAAAAACAGCCUAGAGGAGAGGGAGCCCAGGCCACGAGAUGCUGACCCUGGAGAGAAGGAGGAUCAGAAAGAAGUGGAGAGCAACGAGAUUGAGGGUGCAGAGGAUGCCCAGAGAACCGAAACUUUGGACAACCACAUCAGCAAAGACUUCAGCGAGGACGAGCAGCAGCAGCAAGCGGAUGAAGAGGAGCAGCCCAGAGGCCCCAGGGACAGCCUGGAGCUCGAGGAUGAGGGAGAGCAGCCAUCCAGGCAGGGCCAGGAGGAGAGCAAGGAGGCGGCAGGGGACCGUGUGGAGCGGGAGGAUGAUGGAGGAGAUGAUACUGCAGAGGAGGACCCUACAGAAGCAGAGAGGUCAUUUGGUUUGGCUGAGGAGGACGAGGAGGCUGAGGAGAUGCAGGGAGACGACAAUAAUGAUGAUGCUCUGGGAUUUGGCAAAGACGAGCGGAGCUCUGAGGAGGACGAGGAGGAAGAGCAGCCCCGGGCACUGAGAGGAGGAAGGCACCGCAUGGAGGAUGAGGGGAUGCAAGGGGAGGAGGACACCUUCCAGCCCAGGGAUGCAAAAAGCGAGGAGAUGGAGGAGGAGUCCUCCAGGGAGUGGGAAGACUCCAAGAGGUGGAACAAAAUGGAUGAGCUGGCCAAGCAGCUGACAUCUAAGAAGCGCAUGGAGGAAAACAAUAGUGAGGAAGACCCAGACAGGUCCAUGAAAAUAGCAUUCAGGUCCCGCAAAUAUGACUUCAGUAGUCCAGAGGAAGAUAUGAGAAGGUCAUGGAAGCGUCACUCAAAGGAGGACAGCAGUGAAGGUGGCUUCCCGCUUGCUCCCAUGCCUGAAGAAAAAAAGGAUGAGGAAGGCAGCGCUAAUAGGAGAACGGAGGACCAGGAGCUGGAGAGCCUGGCCGCCAUCGAGGCUGAGCUGGAGCGCGUCGCCCACAAGCUGCACGAGCUGCGGCGAGGCUGAGGGCCCCAGCCCUCCCCAC